AUGCAAGGAUGCUGGGCUCUCUCGCAGGACGCCGCUGGACGAGGACCGCAUUCAAAUGCCGCAGCAAUGCAACGGCAGGCGAGGGACCCGAAAUCCAACAAUCCACCAUCUCGUUUUCUACCACGUAACAUUAAUUUAAAGCUGUAUUUCGAGAAUUUAAUUUAA